AUGGAAUCAAAUCUCCAAUACUUUAAAGGAAAAACAAAUGAACAGUGCAAGGAGAGAUAUUGUAGUAAUCAAUAAAAUUUAUUUCUUAGGUAAACAGUUUUUUGCAAAGGCUCACUAAUUCAAAAAGUUGAAAUGA